CCCCCCUUGCCCCUACCCCCCUGUACCAGGAGCAUUAGUGGGGGUCCCAGUGUGCAUGUGUGUGUGUGAGUGUGUUGGGAGGCUUCGGCAUGGAGGCUGUGGCACUGUAUACGUUUCGUGCCACAGAGGGUGAUGAACUCAGUUUCAACAAGGGAGACUUGCUCAAGAUCACCAACAUGGAGGAUGAUCCUAACUGGUACACAGCUGAGCUCCACAACAGAAAAGGCUUCGUGCCAAAAAAUUACAUCAACCUGCGGCCCCAUGCCUGGUUCGCCGGUCGUAUAUCUCGCGGCGUGGCGGAGAGUCGACUCCGGCACAGGGAGUGCGGCGCUUUCCUGGUCCGAGAGAGCGAGAGCGCCCCCGGAGAGUUCUCCAUGUCCGUCAGUUAUGGGGACCACGUUCAGCAUUUCAAGGUGCUGCAGGAUCGCUGUUACCAGUACUACGUGUGGGACGAGCUCUUCUCCUCCCUCAACGAGCUGGUGGAGUUCUACCAUAGCAACAGCAUCGCCAAGGAGAGGACCGUCUUUCUGAGAGACCCCGAGCACUUCGCCAGGCUUGUCUUGUUUGGCGUUUCGAUGAUGCAACCUCGGUCCUCCUCCCAACGAAUGCAGCUGGAGCAGGUGCGGUUUAACGAUUCAGCUUCGGGGGCGUCGUGAUGGCGGCUGAGCGGGAGGUAACCACGGCGAUCCUGAGGGAGAGGGAACAUCUGAACGACCUAAAUACCGGUUGCCUCCACAGCACAGUACAGCUCUCUCUCUCUCUCUCUGCAUGUUCUAAUAUUCAUACAGUAGCUCCUGUUGGCUGCACCAUCAGCACCAGCUGGGGGUCGUGACCUUUACGACUGUAAGAAGUGACACUUGGUAAAUGUUUCAGACAAGACGUUGCACCCGUUUCCAGCUUCAGAGGCUUUUUUUUUUAAUCGCUGUCAUAAAGCAGAUUUAAGACGUUUGUUGCUUGUUAUUUUCACGGCUGUGUUCACACUUGGUUCGUCCUCCCCCGCUCUCGAUGAAUGAACAGGUAUUAGCGGUUAUUGGUCUGUCUUCACCUGUCUUUAAAGUAUUGAUCCAUUACAGUAAUAACACUCGCCUCUUAAUGUGCAUGGGUCGCCUCGCUCGUCUGUAAAUUUAUUUAAAAACAUAUAAAAGCUGUACUGAAUGUCCAUUGUUGGAUGGUAAUCAUAAUAUAUAUAUAUAUAUAUAUAUAUAUAUAUAUAUAUAUAUAUAUAUAUAUAUAUACAUAUACAUUAUAUAUAUAUAUUUAUAAUGUAUAUAUUAUAUAUAUGUAAUUCAUUUAUGACCAUGACGAGAAUACUAUACAAAUAUACAGUAUAUAUACUGUGUUAAAAUAGACAUUAUAUAUAUAUAUAUAUACAUAUACUGUAUAUAUAUUUUAUGUCUAUUUUAACAAUACGAAUAAACAGCGAUUUAGCUGAGAAGAAUACUAUACAAAUAUACUGUGUGUAUAUAAAUAUGUGUAUAUGUGUAUGUAUAUAUAUAUAUAUGUGUGUAUAUAUAUAUUAUAUGUCUAUUUUAACAAUACGAAUAAACGGCGAUUUAACAAAG